ACCAAGUCCCGUAGAGGCAGCCGCUGCUGUCGCCGUCCCGAUGCAGCCUGCUCCAAUGCCACAGUCUUCCCCGGCAUCGCGGCCUGCCCCAACCGUGCGGCCUGCCCCAACCCUGCGGCCUGUCCCAACCCUGCAGCCUGCAACGCCACAGCUUACCCCAACAGCCCACGUCUCUGUGGGGAUCCAGCAGGGCACCAGCGGCACUGCACGGCGCCAUCAUCAUGGUUCCCCCCCUCCAGAGGUGGUUGGCCGGCUCUCCAACGAGUGUAAGAGGCAGCUGCGGGUGCUGGAGGAGACGCAGGCAGAGACACGAGAACACGAUCGCGAGCUCAUGGAGGAGGUGAGGGGCUUGCGUUCGGCUCACGAGCGCAUUGCAAGAGCCCUUGAACUCCUCGUGGGCGCUCUUGUGCCUGGCCAUGCCACGCCCACAGCAUCGCCACAGCCGCCGCCACCUUCGCCUUAA